CACAUUCUGCGCAGCCGUGGUAUUAGGUCGCCAUAGCGACGGCUCUAGGCAACCGCGAAGCUCUCAGGCCCCCACCCUGGAGUCUGAGGGCCUGAUCUCCGAUCCGUCCCCUACACUUCCCUCCGAACUCGAUCCUUCUUCCUUCCUUCCUUCUUUCCCACUCUUUCCACUGGGAGCAUGGCGACCGGAUCAGCAGACAUUCGGAAGCGUUUCAUUUUCACUACCAUCCAAAACUACUUCGGGCUACUCUCGGAGCCCUACGAGCUGCCGCACCUAAACAAUUGCUCUGAGGUCAACAACUUCCUGGACGACGGGAAUCAGUUGCUGCUUCGGGCGCAACGCCAGGAGACAGGCAUCUCCUUGUCCAACACGAUUGAUGUUGGAGACACAAAAGAUAAAGUGUUGGUGUUUUUUAAACUUCGACCUGAAGUCAUUACAGAUGAUAAUGUCCAUAAUAACAUUCUUGUAUCAUCUAUGUUAGAUUCACCUAUUAAUUCUCUUUAUCAAGCAGUACGGCAAGUAUUUGCACCAAUGUUGUUAAAGGAUCAAGAAUGGAGCAAAAACUUUGAUCCCAAACUGCAGAAUCUUUUGAGUGAGUUAGAAGCAGGGUUGGGUAUUGUGUUACGAAGAUCAGAUACCAAUUUAUCAAAAAUGAAACUCAAGGAGGAUGACAUACGAGGUAUUCUUACACCAAGUGAUGAGUUCCAGUUUUGGAUAGAGCAAGCACAUCGUGGAAGUAAACAGAUGAACAAAGAGAGGGCCACUUAUUUUAAAGAACUUUUUGAGGCAGUUGCAAGAGAGUUUUAUAAUUUGGACAGUCUUUCCUUAUUGGAAGUUGUUGACUUAGUCGAGACCACUCGAGAUGCUGUUGAUGAUGUAUGGAGACAAACAGAACAUGAACAUUACCCUGAAGCUCGCAUGCUACAUCUCCUAGAUAUAAUAGGUGGUUCUUUUGGAAGGUUUGUUCAGAAAAAGUUGGGAACACUGAAUAUCUGGGAAGAUCCUUUUCAUCUUGUGAAAGAUAACCUGAAAGCUGGGAUUACUAUUUGUGAACAGUGGGUUGCAGCCUGUAAUCAUCUAACUGGGCAAAUGUGGCAGCGUUAUGUCCCCCAUCCUUGGAAAAAUGAGAAGUAUUUUCCUGAAUCUCUUGACAAACUUGGCAAACGUCUUAAGGAGGUCUUGGCAAUUAGGACAAUUCAUGAAAAACUUAUCUAUUUUUUACCUGCUAGUGAAGAGAAAAUCAUAUGCCUUACAAGAGUGUUUGAACCUUUUACUGGUCUCAAUCCCUUACAAUAUAACCCCUACACAGAGCCUUUAUGGAAAGCUGCAGUCUCACAAUAUGAGAAAAUUAUUGGACCAGCAGAACAAAAAAUAGCAGGCAAACUAAAAAAUUAUAUCUCAGAAAUCCAAGAUAGUCCCCAACAGCUUCUUCAAGCAUUUUUGAAAUAUAAAGAGCUGGUAAAACGUCCAACUAUAAGCAAGGAAUUGAUUUUGGAAAGAGAAACUUUAUUGACAAGACUUAUGGACUCAGUUAAAGAUUUUCGAACAGACUUUGAUAAUCGAUGUCAUGGAAUUCCUGGUGAAAUAACUGGACCUUUGUCGGGCAAAAAUCUUUCAGAAGUUGUUAAUAACAUAGUCUGGGUCCGACAGCUGGAAUUAAAGGUGGAUGACACAAUCAAGAUUGCAGAAGCUCUUUUAUCUGACUUGUCAGGUUUUCGGUCUUUUCAUCGGAGCGCUGAUGAUCUCUUAGAGCAGUUUAAAUUAUAUGAGCAAGAACAAUUUGAUGACUGGUCACGGGACAUCCAGUCAGGUUUAUCAGAUUCUAGAUCAGGUUUAUGCAUUGAAGCUAAUAGUCGUAUUAUGGAAUUGGAUCCUAAUGAUGGAGCCCUAAAAGUACACUAUUCAGAUCGAUUGGUGAUUCUUUUAAGAGAAGUUCGUCAGCUAUCUGCACUUGGAUUUGUUAUUCCUGCUAAAAUACAGCAAGUUGCAAACAUUGCACAAAAAUUCUGCAAGCAAGCAAUUAUUCUCAAACAAGUGGCACAUUUUUACAAUUCUAUUGAUCAACAAAUGAUUCAAAGCCAGAGACCAAUGAUGUUACAGUCCGCUUUAGCAUUUGAACAAAUAAUUAAGAAUUCAAAACCUGGUGCUGGAGAAAAGUCACAGAUUACUUGGGAUAAUCCCAAAGAAUUAGAAGGCUAUAUCCAAAAACUACAAAGUGCUGCUGAACGACUUGCUACUGAAAACAGAAAACUAAGAAAGUGGCAUGCCACAUUUUGUGAAAAGGUUGUAGUGCUCAUGAACAUUGACUUACUUCGACAACAACAGCGCUGGAAAGAUGGACUCCAGGAAUUGAGAACUGGCUUAGCAAGUGUAGAAGCACAGGGAUUCCAAGCAAGUGACAUGCAUGCAUGGAAGCAGCACUGGAAUCAUCAGCUCUACAAAGCCUUGGAGCAUCAGUACCAAAUGGGCUUAGAGGCACUUAAUGAGAAUUUGCCAGAAAUAAACAUAGAUUUAACUUACAAACAAGGAAGAUUACAAUUCAAACCCCCCUUUGAAGAAAUCCGGGCUAAAUAUUACAGAGAAAUGAAGAGAUUUAUCAGUAUCCCAAACCAGUUUAGAGGAGUAGGUGAUGCAGGAGAUGAAGGUAUCUUUGCUAUUAUGAUUGAAAGAAAUGCAAGUGGAUUUCUGACUAUAUUCAGCAAAGCAGAGGAUUUGUUCAGAAGACUGGCAGCUGUUUCAGAACAACUUAAGGAAUGGGUUGUUAUUGGACAACUGGAUAUGGAGACUCUUGUGGAGAAGCAUCUCUUCACUGUACAAGAUUGGGAGAAAAAUUUUAAAGCCCUCAAAGUGAAAGGGAAAGAAGUGGAACGACUCCCAAGCACCGUCAAAGUGGAUUGUUUGAAUAUUAAUUGCAACCCCGUGAAGACUGUGAUUGAUGAUCUUAUCCAGAAGUUAUUUGAUGCUCUUGUUGUUUCUUUGAGAAAGUCCAUACAGGCUCAUUUACAUGAAAUUGAUUCAUUUGUCACUGAUGCUAUGGAAGUAUUAACAGUUAUGCCUCAAACUGUGGAUGAAAUAGGUGAUGCAAAUCUGCAAUAUAGCAAGCUACAGGAACGGAAGCCAGAGAUCUUGCCUUUAUUUCAAAAAGCUGAAGAUAAAAACAGACUUUUACGAACGGUGGCUGGUGGAGGUUUAGAAACAAUUAGUAACCUGAGAGCUAAGUGGGAUAAAUUUGAAUUAAUGAUGGAAAGUCAUCAGCUUAUGAUUAAAGAUCAGAUUGAGGUGAUGAAAGGAAAUGUGAAGUCUCGUCUUCAGGUCUACCUUCAAGAACUGGAAAAAUUUAAAGCUCGUUGGGAUCAGCUGAAACCUAGUGAUGACAUUAUUGAAACUGGCCAGCAGGGAGCUCUUGAGAAAAGUGCAAAGUCAAUAAAGGAGAAAAAAGCAGAAUUUGAUGAUCUUGAAAACAUAAGGAAAAAACUGGUCGAUGACUGCCAUCACUUUGGGAUAGAUGAACCUAACUUUUCUAUGGCAUAUAGUAUCUCUAAAGACAUCGAGACUUGUGCUCAAGUCUGGUCACUUUAUGAAGAAUUUCACCAGGGAUUUCAGGAAAAGGCAAAUGAAGACUGGAUUACUUUCAGGAGCAAGACCUAUAUUUUUGAGGAAUUCUUGAUGACUUGGCAUGACAGAUUGAGAAAAAUUGAAGAACAUUCAGUAAUGACUGUCAAAUUACAAUCAGAAGUUGACAAAUUUAAGAUGGUAGUUCCUGUUCUGAAAUAUGUUAGAGGAGAACAUCUUUCUCCAGAUCAUUGGCUUGACCUUUUUCGUCUACUUGGCCUUCCUAGGGGCACUAGUUUAGAGAAACUAUUAUUUGGAGAUCUUCUCAGAGUCUCUGAAACAAUUGUGGCCAAAGCAUCAGAACUUAAAGAUUUGAAUAGUCGGGCACAAGGUGAAGUCACAAUAAGAGAAGCUUUACGUGAGCUUGAUCUCUGGGGAGUCGGAGCAGUGUUUACCUUAAUAGAUUAUGAAGAUAGUCAUGGCAGAAAUCUCAAGCUGAUAAAAGACUGGAAAGAUAUUGUUAACCAGGUUGGAGAUAAUCGAUGUCUUCUUCAGUCCCUAAAGGACUCCCCUUAUUACAAAGGGUUUGAAGAUAAAGUAUCAAUUUGGGAAAGAAAACUUGCAGAAUUAGAUGAGUAUUUGCAAAAUUUAAAUCAGAUUCAAAGAAAGUGGGUAUAUUUGGAACCCAUUUUUGGUCGCGGAGCUUUACCUAAAGAGCAGGCACGCUUUAAUAGAGUUGAUGAAGAUUUCAGGUCAAUAAUGACAGAUAUUAAGAAAGACAAUAGAGUUACAUCGUUGACUACUCGGGCAGGAAUCAGAAAUGCCCUGAUUACUAUACUUGAUCAGUUACAGAGAUGCCAAAAAUCACUGAAUGAAUUUUUGGAGGAAAAACGUUCAGCAUUUCCAAGAUUUUAUUUUAUUGGAGAUGAUGACUUGUUAGAAAUACUGGGCCAGUCUACUAACCCUGCUGUUAUUCAGUCUCACCUAAAGAAGCUGUUUGCUGGUAUUAACAGUGUGUGUUUUGAUGAGGAUUGCAAGUAUAUAACUGCAAUGAAAUCUUUAGAGGGAGAAGUGGUACCUUUUAAAAACAGAAUUCUUCUCUCAAAUGAUGUUGAGAUUUGGCUGAAUGGUUUGGCUAUGGAAAUGAAGGAGACUUUGAAGCAGUUAUUGAUUGAAUGUGUUACCACUGGACGAAGUUCUCAAGGUGCAAUUGACCCAUCACUCUUUCCUUCCCAGAUCCUCUGCUUGGCAGAACAGAUACAAUUCACUGAAGAUGUAGAAAAUGCCAUACAAGAUCACAGUCUUCAUCAGAUUGAGCUAGAACUUAUGGCUAAACUAGAGCAUUAUACUGGUAUAGACACCAGUUCAGAAGAUCCUUCCAAUACAGAAUCAGGGAUUCUUGAACUCAAACUUAAAGCGCUUAUUCUAGACAUUAUCCAUAAUAUUGAUAUAGUGAAGCAGUUAAAUCAAGUUCAGAUUCACACCACAGAAGACUGGAUUUGGAAGAAGCAAGUCAGGUUCUAUAUGAAAAAUGGCCAAACAUGCUUUGUUCAGAUGGUGGAUUCUGAACUCCAAUACACCUAUGAAUAUCAGGGCAAUGCUCCCAAGCUUGUUUAUACACCAUUGACAGAUAAGUGCUACUUAACUCUCACACAAGCGAUGAAGAUGGGUCUUGGAGGAAAUCCGUAUGGACCAGCAGGAACUGGCAAAACUGAAUCUGUAAAGGCUUUGGGUGGACUUCUUGGACGACAAGUUUUAGUUUUCAACUGUGAUGAGGGUAUUGAUGUGAAAUCAAUGGGCCGUAUAUUUGUUGGUCUGGUGAAAUGUGGGGCUUGGGGAUGCUUUGAUGAGUUCAAUAGAUUGGAGGAAGCAGUGUUGUCUGCUGUGUCCAUGCAGAUCCAGACAAUCCAGGAUGCUUUGAAGAAUCAUAGAACUGUAUGUGAACUUCUUGGCAAAGAGGUACAAAUGGAUCCAAAUUCUGGAAUUUUCAUCACAAUGAAUCCUGCUGGGAAAGGUUAUGGAGGAAGACAAAAGCUUCCAGACAACCUAAAACAACUCUUCAGACCAGUAGCUAUGUCUCGUCCAGACAAUGAGCUCAUUGCUGAAGUGAUUCUAUAUUCUGAAGGCUUUAAAGAUGCUCGAGUACUGGGCAGAAAAUUAGUAGCCAUUUUCAAUCUUUCUCGAGAGCUUUUGACACCUCAGCAGCACUAUGAUUGGGGUUUAAGAGCUUUGAAGACAGUACUGAGAGGAAGUGGAAAUCUUCUUCGUCAGUUGAAGAAAAGUGACUUAAAGGAAAAAGUGAAUGAAAGCCAUAUUGUAGUUCAAGCUUUGCGACUCAAUACCAUGUCAAAAUUUACAUUUGUGGACUGCACACGGUUUGAUGCACUGAUUAAAGAUGUCUUCCCUGGAAUUGAUUUUAAGGAUGUAGCAUAUGAUGAACUAAGUACAGCUUUAAAACAAGUCUUUGAAGAAGCAAACUUUGAAAUUAUACCCAACCAGAUCAAGAAGGCUUUGGAAUUAUAUGAACAGUUACGACAAAGGAUGGGAGUAGUCAUAGUUGGUCCAAGUGGUGCUGGAAAAUCUACCCUUUGGCGGAUGUUAAGGGCAGCAUUGUGUAAAGUUGGCAAAGUAGUAAAACAGUACACCAUGAACCCCAAAGCUAUGCCUCGACAUCAGUUGCUAGGCCAUAUUGACAUGGAUACAAGGGAAUGGUCUGAUGGUGUUCUCACAAACAGUGCUCGGCAAGUUGUACGGGAACCUCAAGAUAUUAACUCAUGGAUAAUCUGUGAUGGUGACAUUGACCCUGAGUGGAUAGAAUCUCUGAAUUCUGUACUUGAUGAUAACCGACUACUUACUAUGCCCAGUGGGGAGAGGAUUCAGUUUGGCCCAAAUGUAAACUUUGUAUUUGAAACCCAUGAUUUAAGCUGUGCCUCUCCAGCCACAAUAUCUAGAAUGGGAAUGAUAUUUCUUAGUGAUGAAGAGACAGAUCUUGAUUCUCUGAUAAAAUCUUGGUUGAGAAACCAGCCUGAUAAAUAUAGAACUAAUCUUGAAAACUGGAUUGGAGAUUAUUUUGAAAAGGCUUUACAGUGGGUUCUUAAACAGAAUGACUAUGUAGUUGAAACAAGUUUGGUUGGAACUGUGAUGAAUGGUUUGUCUCAUCUACAUGGGUGCAGAAGUCGGGAAGAAUUUAUUAUCAGCUUGAUAAGAGGCCUUGGUGGAAAUCUUAAUAUGAAAUCAAGACUAGAACUCACCAAAGAGAUUUUUAGCUGGGCACGAGAGUCACCACCCGAUCCUCAUAAACCAAUGGAUACAUAUUAUGAUGUAACUAGAGAACGUUUAUCAUCCUAUUCGUUGAAGAAACCAGAAAAUCUGACUGCUGAUGACUUUAGUAAUAGCCAAAUACUUCCAGUCAUUCAGACUCCAGACAUGCAGAGAGGUCUAGAUUAUUUCAAGCCCUGGUUAGGCUCUGAUACCAAGCAGCCUUUUAUUCUUGUGGGACCAGAAGGAUGUGGAAAAGGAAUGCUUCUUCGAUAUGCUUUUUCUCAACUCCGUUCCACUCAAAUUGCAACAGUUCACUGCAGUGCACAGACCACUUCUCGACAUCUUCUGCAGAAACUGAGUCAAACUUGCAUGGUUAUCAGUACCAAUACUGGUAGAGUAUACAGGCCAAAAGACUGCGAAAGGCUGGUGCUAUACUUAAAAGAUAUCAACUUACCUAAGCUUGAUAAAUGGGGAACCAGCACUCUGGUAGCUUUCCUACAGCAGGUGCUGACAUAUCAAGGAUUUUAUGAUGAAAAUUUAGAAUGGGUUGGUUUAGAAAAUAUCCAAGUGGUGGCUUCCAUGUCAGCUGGAGGAAGAUUAGGAAGGCAUAAGCUCACUACCAGAUUUACUUCCAUUGUUCGUCUUUGUGCAAUUGAUUACCCAGAAAGAGAUCAAUUACAGACAAUUUAUGGCGCAUAUCUGGAACCUGUUCUACAUAAAAAUCUAAAAAAUCAUUCCAUCUGGGGUUCUUCAUCAAAGAUUUAUCUCUUAGCAGGUUCUAUGGUACAAGUAUAUGAACAGGUGCGAGCCAAAUUUACAGUUGAUGAUUAUAGCCAUUAUUUGUUUACUCCUUGCAUUCUUACCCAAUGGGUUCUUGGAUUAUUCAGAUAUGAUUUAGCAGGAGGAUCAUCAAAUCAUCCACUAGAUUAUGUCCUGGAAAUUGUGGCAUAUGAAGCUCGUCGAUUGUUUCGUGAUAAAAUUGUCGGUGCAAAGGAACUACAUUUAUUUGAUGGUAUUUUAACAUCUGUCUUCCAAGGAGAUUGGGGUUCAGACAUAUUGGAUAAUAUGGCAGAUAGCUAUUAUGUAACCUGGGGAGCACGGCAUGAUGCAGGAUCAAGAUCAGCACCAGGACAGCCAUUGCCUCCUCAUGGAAAACCACUUGGAAAAUUGAAUUCUACAGAUCUCAGAGAUGUUAUUAAAAAGGGUAUUAUUCAUUAUGGACGAGAUAACCAGGAUUUAGAUAUUUUGCUUUUCCAAGAAGUUCUGGAGUAUAUGUCUAGGAUAGACAGGGUGCUGAGUUUCCCUGGAGGCUCCCUUCUCUUAGCUGGGCGUAGCGGUGUGGGACGUCGAACUAUCACUUCAUUAGUCAGCCACAUGCAUGGAGCUGUACUGAUUUCCCCCAAGAUUUCCAGAGGGUAUGAGCUGAAGCAAUUUAAGAAUGAUCUCAAACAUGUACUACAUCUUGCAGGCAUUGAAGCUCAGCAAGUAGUUUUGCUUCUUGAAGAUUACCAGUUUGUCCAUCCUACAUUCUUGGAGAUGAUCAAUAGUCUUUUAUCUUCAGGUGAAGUUCCUGGAUUAUACUCUCUUGAAGAGUUAGAACCCUUAUUGUCUCCUUUAAAAGAUCAGGCUUCACAAGAUGGCUUUACUGGACCAGUCUUUAAUUAUUUUACCUACAAGAUUCAGCAGAACCUGCAUAUAGUCUUGAUAAUGGACUCUGCUAGCUUAAAUUUUACAAUAAACUGUGAGAGUAAUCCAGCCCUACAUAAGAAAUGCCAGGUGAUGUGGAUGGAGAGUUGGUCAGACAACAGUAUGAAAAAAAUACCUGAAAUGUUAUUCAGUGAAAUGGCCAAUGAAGAAAAGUCUGGUGAAAAAAAAAGAAGAGAAGAGAAGAAAAAACCCACUGGGGAUCCUGAUUUUCUAAAAUCUUUUUUGGCUAUUCAUGAAUCUUGUAAAGCAUAUGGAGCUACACCAAGUCGAUAUAUGACCUUUUUACGUGUAUACUCAGCAAUCAAUAGUAGCAAGAGAACUGAGUUAUUAAAAAGACAAAGUCAUUUGCAGGCUGGUGUGUCUAAACUUAAUGAAGCCAAAGCUCUUGUGGAUGAACUGAAUAGGAAAGCUGGAGAACAAAGCAUAUUACUUAAAACAAAGCAAGAUGAGGCAGAUGCUGCCCUCCAAGAGAUCACAGUGUCAAUGCAGGAUGCCAGUGAGCAGAAAACAGAACUGGAAAGACUUAAGCACAAAAUAGCAGAAGAAGUCAUUAAGAUUGAGGAAAGAAAAAGUAAAAUUGAUGAUGAACUAAAAGAAGUUCAGCCACUGGUUAAUGAAGCUAAAUUAGCAGUUGGAAAUAUAAAACCAGAAUCCCUUUCAGAGAUCCGCUCACUAAGAAUGCCACCUGAUGUAAUCCGAGACAUUCUUGAAGGAGUCUUAAGGUUGAUGGGUAUCUUUGAUACUUCUUGGGUGAGCAUGAAAAGUUUCCUUGCUAAAAGAGGUGUGAGAGAAGAUAUCGCAACUUUUGAUGCUAGAAAUAUUCCAAGGGAAAUAAGAGAAAGUGUUGAAGAACUUCUGUUUAAAAACAAAGCAUCUUUUGACUCAAAGAAUGCUAAACGUGCUAGUACUGCAGCUGCUCCCUUGGCUGCUUGGGUCAAAGCCAAUGUCCAGUAUUCACAUGUUUUAGAACGAAUUCAGCCUUUGGAAACAGAACAAGCAGGAUUAGAAGCGAAUCUGAAGAAAACUGAAGAUAGAAAAAAGAAACUUGAAGACUUACUUAACUCCGUUGGUCAGAAAGUGUCAGAGUUGAAAGAUAAAUUUCAGAGCAGAACUUCAGAAGCAGCUAAACUAGAAUCAGAAGUAAGCAAAGCACAGGAAACAAUUAAAGCUGCUGAGGUCUUAAUUAAUCAACUUGAUAGAGAACACAAGAGAUGGAAUGCACAGGUUGCAGAGAUAACAGAAGAAUUAGCUACACUUCCUAAAAGGGCUCAACUGGCUGCUGCUUUCAUUACAUAUCUUUCUGCUGCUCCUGAGGGUCAGAGAAAAACAAGUUUGGAUGAAUGGACAAAGGCAGCUGGUCUUGAAAAAUUUGAUUUGAGAAGGUUUCUUUGUACUGAGAGUGAACAACUAAUUUGGAAAAGUGAAGGCCUACCUUCAGAUGACCUUUCAAUAGAAAAUGCUCUUGUUAUCUUGCAGAGUCGAGUUUGCCCAUUUUUAAUAGAUCCUUCUUCCCAGGCGACAGAAUGGUUAAAGAUACAUUUAAAAGAAUCACGUUUAGAAAUUAUUAACCAACAGGAUAGUAACUUUAUUACUGCUCUUGAAUUGGCAGUAAGAUUUGGAAAAACACUUAUUAUACAAGAGAUGGAUGGCGUAGAACCUGUGCUAUAUCCACUGUUGAGAAAAGAUCUUGUAGCACAAGGUCCACGUUAUGUUGUACAAAUAGGUGACAAAAUUAUUGAUUAUAAUGAAGAAUUCCGCCUAUUUCUCUCAACACGAAACCCAAAUCCUUUUAUCCCACCUGAUGCAGCUUCCAUUGUUACAGAAGUUAACUUCACAACAACAAGAAGUGGAUUAAGAGGACAGCUUUUGGCUUUAACUAUUCAGCAUGAGAAACCAGAUCUGGAAGAGCAAAAAACAAAACUACUACAGCAAGAAGAAGAUAAAAAAAUACAACUAGCUAAACUUGAGGAAUCACUUUUAGAGACACUUGCUACAUCCCAAGGAAAUAUAUUGGAAAAUAAAGAUUUGAUUGAGUCUUUGAAUCAGACCAAAGCAAGCAGUGCACUUAUUCAAGAUUCACUUAAAGAAUCUCACAAACUUCAAGUUUCCCUUGAUCAAGAAAGGGAUGCCUAUCUCCCUCUAGCUGAGAGUGCCAGCAAGAUGUAUUUUAUUAUUUCUGACUUGUCUAAAAUUAAUAACAUGUACCGUUUUAGUUUGGCCUCAUUUCUUCGACUUUUUCAACGAGCUUUGCAGCACAAACAGGAUUCCGAAAAUACUGAACAAAGAAUCCAGUCUCUUGUCAGCUCAUUAAAACAUAUGGUAUAUGAAUAUGUAUGCCGUUGUCUAUUUAAGGCUGAUCAGCUGAUGUUUGCUUUACAUUUUGUUCGAGGAAUGCAUCCUGAACUUUUCCAAGAAAAUGAAUGGGAUACAUUUACUGGAGUGAUUGUUGGAGACAUGUUACGGAAGGCAGAUAGUCAACAAAAAAUUCGUGAUCAACUUCCAUCUUGGAUAGAGCAAGAACGGAGCUGGGCAGUUGCAACAUUAAAGAUAUCACUUCCUGCUCUCUAUCAGACACUCUGCUUUGAUGAUGUAAGUCUGUGGCGGCCAUACUAUCAUAACUCAAUGUGUGAGCAGGAAUUUCCAUCCAUUCUAUCAAAGAAGAUUUCCUUAUUUCAGCAGGUCCUAGUGGUACAGGCUCUUAGACCAGAUAGACUUCAAAGUGCUAUGGCCCUAUUUGCAUGUAAAACUCUGGGAAUGAAAGAGUUGUCCCCACCACCUCUGAAUCUGAAACGUCUUUACAAAGAGACAUUAGAAAUCGAACCCAUUUUGAUCAUUAUUUCUCCUGGAGCUGAUCCUUCCCAAGAAUUACAGGAACUCGCUAAUACUGAACGAAGUGGAGAGAAUUAUCAUCAGGUUGCCAUGGGCCAAGGUCAAGCUGAUUUAGCAAUUCAAAUGCUGCGAGAAUGUGCUCAAAAUGGAGAGUGGCUAUGCUUGAAGAACUUACAUCUUGUGGUGUCAUGGCUUCCUGUGCUGGAAAAGGAAUUAAAUUCACUUCAACCCAAAGACAGUUUUCGUCUUUGGCUGACUGCUGAAGUUCAUCCUAACUUUACUCCUAUUUUACUUCAAUCAAGUUUGAAGAUAACAUAUGAGGCACCUCCAGGUUUGAAGAAGAACUUAAUGAGAACAUAUGAAUCCUGGACUCCAGAACAAAUUAGCAAAAAAGAAGUUGUGGAAAGGGCACAUGCUCUCUUCAGCCUGGCCUGGUUCCAUGCCGCAUGUCAAGAAAGAAGAAAUUAUAUUCCUCAAGGUUGGACCAAAUUUUAUGAAUUUUCUUUAUCAGAUCUUCGAGCUGGGUACAAUAUUAUUGACAGACUUUUUGAUGGUAACAAAGAUGUUCAGUGGGAAUUUGUGCAUGGUUUACUUGAAAAUGCCAUUUAUGGAGGCCGAAUAGAUAACUUUUUUGAUCUCAGAGUUCUUCGAUCCUAUCUGGAACAGUUUUUUAAUUCUGUGGUGAUUAAUGGAUCAGACCCGAGGCAUAAGAAAAGCAUUUUUCCAUAUUCCAUUUCUCUACCUAAUUCCUUCAGCAUUUUGGACUUUCGUGCUGUUAUUGAAAAGCUACCAGAAGAUGACAAACCUAGUUUUUUUGGUCUACCUGCAAAUAUUGCUCGUUCAUCUCAACGUAUGAUUAGUUCUCAGGUUAUUUCACAAUUGAGAAUCUUGGGUAGAUCAGUAACAUCUGGCUCCAAGUUUGAUAGAGAAAUCUGGUCGAAUGAACUUUCUCCUGUACUUAAUCUGUGGAAGAAACUUAAUCAGAAUUCAAACCUGAUUCACCAGAAAGUGUCUCCACCUAAUGAACGACAAGGUUCUCCUAUAUUAUCCUUCAUUGUUCUUGAACAGUUCAAUGCCAUUCGCUUAGUACAAAGUGUCCAUCAGUCACUUGCAGCUCUUAGCAAAGUGAUCAGAGGCACAACACUGUUAAGCUGUGAAGUACAAAGACUGGCAAGUGCCUUAUUAAACCAAAAGUGUCCUCUAAUAUGGCAGAGCAAAUGGGAAGGCCCAGAAGAUCCCUUACAAUAUCUUAGAGGUCUUGUAGCUCGUGCACUUGCAAUACAGCACUGGGUAGAUAAAGCAGAAAAACAGUCACUUCUGUCAGAUACUCUUGACCUUUCUGAACUCUUCCACCCAGACACAUUCCUUAAUGCUCUACGCCAAGAAACUGCAAGGGUAAUGAGCUGUUCUGUGGAUAGCCUUAAAUUCGUAGCAUCAUGGAAAGGUCGACUACCAGAAGCAAAACUCCAAGUUAAGAUCAGUGGCUUACUUUUGGAAGGAUGCAGUUUUGAUGGAAAUCGACUCUCUGAAAACCAACAUGACUCACCCAGUGUAUCUUCAGUCCUCCCUUGUUAUAUGUCCUGGAUUCCACAGGAUGCCUAUGGUCCAUAUUCUGCUGAUGAGUGCAUUUCCUUGCCUGUCUAUUCCAGUGCAGAGAGGGAUCGCGUGGUGACAAAUAUCGAUGUACCCUGUGGGGGCAACCAAGACCAGUGGAUUCAGUGUGGAGCUGCUUUAUUUUUAAAAAAUCAAUAGCAUGAAAUUACAAUAAAAAAACUAUCUUAGCAACAAUCAACAUUAAAUAUUUAAGCUUUUAAAAGUAUGGCUUAUCUAGUUUGGGAGUGUUAAUUUUAAAUAUUAGCACAUAAGUAACAUUUUUUUAACUUAAUGGGCUUUUCAUUUUAAAGGGUAGUCACAGCACCCUGUUCCUUGUGCAAAAGUAACUUAAUGGAUUUAAUGUUAAAAUGAGGAGCUAUGCUAUGCAUUGAAAACAAUUCUAUGGUAUUAUUAGAUGUUCCUGUUUGUUAAAUGUUUAAUAUUUCCUGUUAUAGUACUGAAAAGUGAAAAGAAGAAAUUUAGAUUCAAAGCUAUAUAUUCUUUGAAUAUUUUUAUAUUAUAGUUGUUUAAUAAAAGAUGAGAUAAUUUUCUCUUA